AUUUUUAGACACUACUCCCCCCCUAAACCACUGACGUCAUCAUCAACUUCAUCUUCUUCCAUUUUUAACCCUAAAUUUUUAAUUUCCUUAAAAAAUCCGCCAUUGAUAUUUUUAAGCUCCUUCCUUCCCAUUAUUUAAAUUUUACUCUCACGAUCGAUCACAGAUAAAUGAUGGCACCAUAGUGAGAGUUGUUUUUACCUCAGUUUAUAGUUAGAAAGUGAAGAAGUGAGGUAGACAUGGAUAUUUCAGGUACUUUCCAAAGUCACUGUGGUGAAGUUACUAGCUGUAGAGCGUUAAAGCAGCUGUCUGUGCGAUCGAGGUUUGAUUAUAAAUUGUUUGGCAAUACACGGCUUGUGUCAAGAGUUGGCCCUAGUAAGAAGUUAAAGAAAUUGAUUGCGUCUAGUUUUAGUGUUGUUAGUCCCAGUAAAUUAUCUGGAUGUGAAUUCAAAAGUUGUUUGUGGAGUUAUAGUAAACCAAAGUGUACUGUUUGUUUACUCAAGACAUCAAGAGGAGUAAAAGUAACUUGUCAGGGUAAUGAUUCAAUUGCAUAUAUAGAUGGAAAUGGGAGGGAUGUUGAGUUUAUCGAGAGUAGUGGUGAAGAUAGUUCAUCAGGGGACGCUAUUUUGGGUCCAGAGAAGAUGGAUGGUUUAAGUGAUGAGGGAGAAGCAGAUGAAGUAGAGAACCCAAGUCUAGAUGAAUUGAAAAAAGUGCUGCAAAAGGCACGUAAGGAAUUAGAGAUUGCCCAGCUCAACAGCACCAUGUUUGAAGAGAAGGCUCAAAGGAUAUCAGAAGCAGCAAUAGCACUAAAAGAUGAAGCUUCAAAUUCUCAGGAUAAGGUCGAUUUAGCUUUGCUUUCUAUGGAAAAGAUUGUGAAUGAAGAGAUCGCUGCUAAAGAGGCUGUUCAAAAAGCAACAAUGGCGCUUUCAAUGUCUGAGGCUAAGCUUAGUGUGGCUCUUGAUUCAUUAAAAAGUGCAAAAGAAAGAAAUGUUUCACCAGAGGCUUAUGAAAGGGAAGAACAAAAGUUGAAUCCGUUAGGAGAGGAAGAGGAAGCUGUCUUUGUUGCCGAGGAAGAUACAAGAGAGUGUCGUGUGACUUUGGCAAAUUGUUUGGGAGCAUUGACUCAGUUGCAGAACAAAAAAGAAGCCGUGCAAAAAGAAGUCGAUAUACUCAAAGAGUGUGCACAAAAAGCACUGAUGAAUGCUUUGAGAGCCGAGGAGGAUGUGGCAAAUAUAAUGCUUUUAGCGGAAGAAGCUGUUGCUUUUGAACUAGAGGCUACAAAACGUGUUAAUGAUGCCGAGAUUGCAUUACAGAAAGCUGAGAAGAUACUUUCUGCUUCCAAUGUGGAUAAUUCUGAAAGUACAGUAUCUCAAAAUGUGUUGUCAUCUCAAGGACUGGCAUCAAUUGAUUUAGUUAGCGAGGACGAGAUUGUUGAAGGAAAUCUGGUUGAGAAAUACGAUGAUGUAUCGAUUGAGGGAUCUUUCAUCAUUGAGGAUGUACCAGAUAUCCAACUAAAUACUCCCAGCCAGAUCUUUGAAGACUCAAGAUUAUCCGAUGAUAGUGACCAAGAGAAUGGAAAACCAAGUCUGCCAUCAAAAGAGACUGAAUAUGAUGCAGAUAAGACAAAAAAUCCUACAAAAAAGGCAGAAACACAAAAGGAUUUGACCAAGGACACUUCACCGUUAAAUUCUCCUAAAGCAUCGUUGAAGAAAUCCUCACGUUUUUUUCCGGCAUCAUUUUUUUCUUCUGCAGAAGAUGAUACCGACUUUACACCAACUUUGUUUUUCCAGUGGUUAAUAGGUUCCACAAGAACGCAAUUACCUAAGCUGGUCCUUGCCUCUUUGCUUGUUGGUGCAGGCUUUACUUUUUAUGCUAAACGAGACGAACGGAUCCCGCAACUAUUUCAACAACCGGAUAUUAUAACCACCAGUAUUGAUGAAGUAUCCUCUAAUGCUAAGCCACUGGUCAAACAAAUAAGGAAAUUACCAAAGAGAGUCAAAAAGCUGAUUGAAAUGAUUCCUCAUCAAGAGAUAAAUGAAGAAGAAGCUUCCCUAUUGGACAUUGUAUGGUUAUUACUUGCCAGUGUUAUCUUUGUGCCUAUAUUCCAGAAACUUCCUGGAGGCAGCCCCGUUCUUGGGUAUCUGACUGCCGGCAUCUUGAUUGGACCUUAUGGUCUUUCAAUUAUACGCAAUGUACAUGCUACCAAAGCAAUAGCUGAGUUUGGAGUUGUUUUCUUGCUUUUUAAUAUUGGCCUUGAGCUUUCUGUUGAAAGGCUGAGUUCCAUGAAGAAGUAUGUUUUUGGAUUAGGUUCUGCACAGGUCUUGGUGACGGCUGUUGUGGUGGGAUUGGUUGCCCAUUUUAUCUGUGGACAGCUAGGGCCUGCUGCAAUUGUCAUUGGUAAUGGCUUGGCAUUAUCUUCCACUGCUGUUGUCCUCCAGGUAUUGCAAGAAAGAGGUGAGAGCACAUCACGUCAUGGACGAGCCACGUUUUCUGUUUUACUUUUUCAGGAUUUAGCAGUUGUUGUUUUGCUGAUUCUAAUACCUCUUAUUUCACCAAAUUCGUCAAAAGGAGGGAUUGGUUUCCAAGCAAUUGCUGAAGCCCUUGGAUUGGCUGCUGUAAAGGCACUUGUUGCUAUUAGCGCCAUUAUUGCUGGAGGACGCCUGUUGCUUCGCCCCAUAUACAAGCAAAUUACAGAGAUGCAAAAUGCAGAGAUAUUCUCUGCAAAUACUCUCUUGGUUAUCCUUGGAACCAGUCUUUUAACUGCAAGGGCUGGCCUUUCGAUGGCACUAGGAGCAUUUUUGGCCGGUUUGUUACUUGCAGAAACUGAAUUCUCGUUGCAGGUUGAAUCGGAUAUUGCUCCAUAUCGUGGCCUUUUAUUAGGCCUCUUCUUCAUGACGGUUGGAAUGUCGAUUGAUCCAAAACUUCUUGUCUCAAACUUUCCUGUAAUUAUGGGCUCACUAGGACUUUUAAUUGCUGGGAAGACCAUACUCGUGGCUUUAGUUGGAAGGCUUUUUGGUGUCUCAUUGAUAUCUGCAAUUAGAGUUGGUCUUCUGCUUGCACCUGGCGGAGAAUUUGCAUUUGUGGCGUUUGGUGAAGCUGUCAAUCAGGGAAUAAUGACUUCCCAGUUGUCUUCUUUGCUGUUUCUUGUCGUGGGUAUUUCAAUGGCCAUCACACCAUGGUUAGCUGCUGGAGGCCAAUUAAUAGCAUCUCGCUUUGAGCAGCAAGAUGUUCGUAGUUUAUUACCUGUAGAAAGUGAGACAGAUGAUUUGCAGGAUCAUAUAAUUAUAUGUGGUUUUGGACGUGUUGGCCAGAUCAUUGCCCAGCUUCUUUCAGAAAGACUAAUUCCAUUUGUUGCUCUUGACGUGAGGAGUGAUCGAGUAGCAGUGGGACGUGCUCUUGACCUUCCUGUGUAUUUUGGGGAUGCUGGUAGUCGAGAGGUUCUGCAUAAGAUCGGUGCUGAAAGAGCUUGUGCUGCAGCUAUAACGUUAGAUACUCCCGGUGCAAAUUAUAGAACUGUUUGGGCUCUUAGCAAGUAUUUCCCAAAUGUAAAGACUUUUGUACGUGCUCAUGAUGUUGAUCAUGGACUCAAUCUGGAGAAGGCCGGAGCCACAGCGGUUGUGCCUGAGACGUUAGAACCAAGCUUACAAUUAGCAUCUGCUGUUCUUGCACAAGCUAAACUACCAAUGUCGGAAAUAGCAGCUGCAAUCAAUGAGUUUAGAUCGCGUCACCUCUCAGAACUAACUGAGCUCUGUGAAACUAGUGGAAGCUCUCUUGGGUAUGGGUUUUCUCGUAUAGUGGUCAAACCUAAACCUCAACCUUCAGAUUCUACUGAUGACACCCAAGUUAAUGAAGGAACACUUGCAGCAUAAUAGAUGCCCGGAAAUAAAUAAAAAGCAAAGAAGUAAAAACUCCAAAACUUCUGGAUAUGUAUAGUAAUUAUUGCCCCGCAGAUACAAAUUGUACAGUUAAAGAUUUUAAUUGCAUUCGUUCGCCUUUGAUCGGUGCAGUUUUCUCUUUUGACCUUUCUAGAUCACCAACCCAGAUUUUAAGGGUGAACUCUGCUUUCGCCUUAGGCUUUCCUUUGGCAAAUGCAAAUCAGUUUUGUGAUUUUAAAUUUAACUAGACUUGUUUCGUGGGGCCAAAUUGAUUAAUCAUUAUAGCAUUAACUUCUAGUUUGAAGUUCGUUUUGGUGCACAUAACUCUUGAUGUUUGCAAUGCAUGUCAUGAUGGCUACUUUUUGGACUUAGGGGAUGCUUGGUUCAAAUGUGUACGAUGAAUUUCAAGUUCAAGUUUGUUCUCUGUAACGUGGUAUUGUAAUGAAAGGAUUGUGCGUAAAUAAACUGCAGGAGUUGGUGCUUUUUCA